AUGGACGCCCUCCUUCCGAGAUCAUCGCCACAGCUCAAGUUCUACCUAAACGGGACUCCCAUCUCACUAACCAGCCCACAUCCUCGCUGGACACUGCUCGACUUUAUCAGAUCGCAGGACGGUCUCAAGGGAACGAAGCUGGGGUGCGGUGAGGGCGGCUGCGGUGCCUUAUCUGGAAAGCAUGUUAUCACAAUCGAGGGCUUGGGCACCGUUGACCACCCCCAUCCGCUCCAAGAACGGAUCGCCCAACUCCACGGCUCACAAUGUGGUUUCUGUACCCCGGGUAUAGUCAUGUCAUUAUAUGCUAUGAUCCGAAAUGCGUACGACCCUGUGACGGGGAAGUUCCAGCUAUCCGCGGAUGAUAUCGAGAGUAAGGGGCAUCUAGAUGGGAACCUUUGCCGGUGCACGGGCUACAAACCCAUCCUCAAUGCAGCGAGGACAUUUAUCGAAGAUGAUCUGGGAUCUGUGCCGAGCAUUGUCGAGUCAGAGUUGGUAGGCACGGAGGAAGAGACGGAGAGUGAUAUGGGCGCGCACUCAGGAUCUGGUGAUACGGGAUCAAGGUCAAGCGGCUCCUGCGGUCGUCCUGGGGGCUGCUGCAAAGAUAGCCCUGGCAUUUCGUCGUGUUCCUCCAGAGAAACAGACAUGACCACGCCCUCACUGCCAGAUUCUCCCGUCUUGAAACAGUAUGACUUUAUCCCAUACACACCAACCACCGAACUAAUUUACCCGCCCGGACUCGCCAAAUUCGUACCCGAACUGCUCUGUUACGGUGACGCUGAGCAGGCCUGGGUGAAACCAAGGUCAGUGCAAGAGGCACUGGAGAUUCUCUCGCAGUGCCCGUCUGCUACCCUUGUGACUGGAGCAAGCGAGGUGCAGGUUGAUGUCCGGUUCAAAGACUUCAGGCCGUCUGUCUCUGUGUUUGUCGGCGAUAUCACUGAGAUGACUGGUAUAUCAUGGAGUGAGGAUAUGAAGACGCUGUAUAUCGGCGGCUCUGCCUCUCUAUCCGAUAUAGAGGCUGAGUGUCUGCGGUGUAUACCGCUGCUCAAGGCAGUAAAUCUCGGCUCCGAAUCGGUGCUUUCCGCCAUCGCUAGAACUCUGCGCUACUUUGCAGGCCGGCAGAUCCGCAAUGCUGCCUGUCUGGCGGGAAACAUUGCCACGGCGUCUCCCAUUUCAGACAUGAACCCGCUUCUUCUGGCUGUGGGUGCAACCGUCCAUGCACGAACUUCGGCGGAAGAGACGACCAUCCCAAUGUCCGAGAUGUUCAAGGGUUACAGAAAGACAGCCCUUCCAUCCGGCUCGCUUAUCACGAAGAUCGCUGUCCCCAUGCCAUCCAAAGACCAGAUCGAGAUCGUCAACGCAUACAAACAGGCAAAGCGAAAGGACGACGAUAUCGCCAUUGUCACUGCCGCAUUCCGCGUUCGUAUCGCCCCUGGUCCAGAUUAUACUGUGCAGGAGGCAUCGCUGGCCUUCGGCGGCAUGGCGCCUACCACUGUCCUGGCACACAAGACCGCAUCUGCCCUUGAAGGGAAACGCUGGGGUGACGAGGCUGUGCUCGAUAUCGUUCUCACCUCUCUUGGAGAAGAGUUCAACCUUCCUUAUAGCGUCCCCGGGGGAAUGGCGACAUACCGAAGGACAUUGACACUCUCCCUCUUUGUGCGGUUCUGGAACUACGUAAACCAGAAGCUGGGUCUUGAAUACGACAGCGAUCUCAUUGAAGAAAUCCACAGGGGUAUUUCCACAGGGACCCGAGACGACGACAAUCCGCACGCUCAGCGAGUCGUCGGACAGCAGAUUCCGCACCUCAGUGGCCUGAAACAUGCAACGGGCGAGGCCGAGUAUGUCGAUGAUAUGCCUCCGCUGCAUAGGGAGUUGCAUGGGGCACUUGUUCUAUCAGAACGUGCUCAUGCGAAGAUCCUCAGUGUCAACUGGACCCCUGCACUUGAGCGGGGCGCUGUGGGAUAUGUUGAUCAUACUUCUCUCCCCGAAGAAAAGAACCACUGGGGUCCCGUUGUGCACGAUGAGCCGGUUUUUGCUAAGGGUGAAGUUCACGCACACGGCCAACCGAUUGGUCUUGUGUAUGCAGAUGACGCAAUGACUGCACAGAUUGCGGCUAAAGCUGUCAUAGUUACAUAUGAGGAUCUGCCCGCUAUACUGACAAUUGACGAGGCAAUCGAAGCGAGGUCCUUCUUCAACUACGGGAAGGAGCUCAGACGGGGCGCGCCGCCUGAAGAGAUCAGAAAAGAGUUGGAUGACUGUGAAUAUACUCUCUCAGGCACAACGAAGAUUGGAGGGCAAGAGCAUUUCUAUCUUGAGACGAACGCUGCCAUCGCGGUACCACAUACAGAGGACGGGAGUAUGGAUGUUUGGAGCAGUACCCAGAACACAAUGGAGACGCAAGACUUCCUCUCUCAGGUGACAAACGUCCCACGCCAUAAGAUCAACGCCCGGGUCCGUCGUAUGGGCGGCGCCUUUGGUGGAAAAGAGUCUCGAUCGGUCCCAAUAGCGUGCAUCGUCGCCGUUGCGGCGAAGAAAGCACGCCGUCCCGUCCGGAUAAUGCUCAACCGCGACGAAGACAUGAUGACCUCCGGCCAACGACACCCUGUUCAGUGCCGGUGGAAGGUCGGCUUUAAUCGCGAGGGAAAACUACUCGUCCUUGACGCAGAUACCUACAAUAACGCGGGCUACUCAGUAGAUAUGUCUGCCGCGGUAAUGGACAGGUGCCUCACGCAUAUCGAGAACUGCUACUACAUCCCGAAUGUCUGGCUGCGCGGGUGGGUGUGUAAGACAAAUACGCACUCCAACACGGCAUUCCGUGGCUUUGGGGCGCCGCAGGCUAUGUAUAUCACUGAAAGUAUUAUCAGUGCGGUGGCAGAGAAAGUGGGUAUCGAUGUCGACGAGAUCCGGCGGAGGAAUCUGUAUCAGGUCGGGCAGCGCACCCCCUUCAACCAGGUGCUUGACGAGGAUUGGCAUGUUCCGUUGCUGCUUGAGCAAGUGCGCGAGGAGGCAGACUAUGAUGCGCGCAAGAAGGAGAUCGAACGGUUUAAUAGCGAACACCGCUGGCGCAAACGAGGAAUAGCCCUGAUUCCCACCAAAUUCGGCAUCUCCUUCGCGACCGCCCUCCAUCUUAAUCAGGCGUCCGCUGCCGUCCGUGUCUACACAGACGGAUCAGUUCUGCUCAACCACGGGGGUACGGAGAUGGGCCAGGGCCUCUAUACGAAGAUGGUGCAGGUUGCAGCGCAGGAACUGCGGGUUCCGGUCGACCAGGUCUACACGCAGGACACGUCGUCUUAUCAGACAGCGAAUGCGAGUCCCACAGCGGCAAGUUCGGGGAGUGAUCUCAAUGGGAUGGCGAUCAAACAUGCUUGCGACCAGAUCAAUGAACGGCUCAGGCCGUACCGGGAGAAGUAUGGGGAGGAUGCAGACCUAGGUACGAUUGCCAAAGCUGCCUACCGAGAUAGAGUGAACCUCUCAGCCGCCGGGUACUAUAAGAUGCCCACUAUUGGAUAUGAGUGGGGGAAUUAUUCCGAAAAUGUAAAGCCUAUGUAUUUCUAUUUUACUCAGAGACAGGGAGUGGCAUGCACCGAGGUCGAGCUCGACCUGCUUACAGGCACACACACAGUCCUCCGUGCAGACCUCAAGAUGGAUAUUGGCCGCAGCAUAAACCCUGCGAUUGACUACGGACAGAUUGAGGGCGCAUUCGUGCAAGGGCAGGGUCUGUUCACGAUGGAGGAGUCCCUCUGGACGCGAUCCGGACAACUGGCAACCCGCGGGCCAGGCACGUACAAGAUUCCGGGGUUCGCUGAUAUCCCGCAAGUAUUCAAUUCAAGCAAGGGAAUCGGGGAGCCACCACUUUUCAUGGGGAGCAGUGUGCUCUUCGCGCUGAGGGAUGCGCUCAGCCACGCGCGGAGGGAGAGGGGGGUAAGCGAGCCGUUGGUGCUAGACAGCCCAGCUACGGUGGAAAGGCUGAGGCUUGCUGUUGGAGACGACUUGGUGCACAGGGCGCAGGUUCAGAGGAAGGAUGGGGAGCAGGGAUUUUUCGUUGCUGUUGCCUGA